AUGGACCGCAAGGGCCGCCAAUUGCCGCGCUUCGGUGUACGAUCUGCUACGGCCGUCGAUCUCCCUUGUAUCACAGAAAACACUCAAGGGAUCCCACCAAAUUUCCAGCGGCAGGCGUUUGUUCUCGCCGAAGAACGAAAUGCAUUCUCUAUCAAGCGAGAUGGAGCGCCUCUCCCAUGGGCCUGCUAG